UAACAACACUGCCGCGUGCUAUGGACAUUCCGUUUGCAUCUACGUGAACCGCGAUAGAGGGCUAGUAAGCAAGCUAACUGUUUGCCUGAUAAAAACAACAUCCUCUUGAUGCGUAAUUGCCUUAUUAAUACAUAUAAUGGUUUAGACGAAUAUAAGCUAUAGUCAUGAAUCUUCGGGGAUUCUUCCAAGAUUUUAAUCCCAGGUAACGUAAAGAGAAAUAUGACGUCUCUAUGCCGGCUAUGCUAACUAACGUUAGCUAGCCAGCAUAUCUGUGUUGGAAAGCGCCUAGCCAGAUCCGUUAGUUAGUUAGUCAAUGGCUGAAUAGUAGUAGGCAGUCUAUCUGAACCGGUGAAUCACUAUGACAGAACGAACGAGCUAACGUUAACUAAACGUCGUUAGCUAGCAGCUUCGGUAACUGGUAAGGUCAGCUAACUAGCUAUUAUAUUGGGGAAGAACAGUGUUAGCUAGCCAGUUAACGUUAGCUAUGUUAGCAACUGUUGUUAGCUAGUUAUCCAGCCCUGUUGUGUUGCUGUCAGUCGUUCAAUAUUAGUUAGUUAGUUAUUGCAUGCCAGCUAGCUAGAUAACUAACCAACUGAAUGGCCAAAAUGGCUAACACCACUUAGUUCAGUUUCCUUAAUCUGGAAUCGCAUUGGGGUGCACAUUUUUGUACCAGCUCUGCACUAACAUGAUCUGAUGAGUAGCAAGCUGAAUAGAGUAAUGGGGAUCAUUGUUUUUCUCCUUCCUUCUCAGUAAGUUUCUCAUCUAUGCCUGCCUGCUGCUGUUUUCGGUGCUGCUGUCCCUGCGUCUGGAUGGCAUCAUCCAAUGGAGUUAUUGGGCUGUGUUUGCCCCCAUGUGGCUAUGGAAGCUCAUGGUCAUCAUCGGUGCUUCAGUGGGCACAGGCGUCUGGUCCCACAACCCACAGUACAGGUGUGUUUUUUUAAACAAAAAUGCUUUACUCUUUCUCUGGUAUUAUUUUUUUUUUUGUCAAUGUGGCUGUCUUAUCAAUAUAAAAUUGUCCUAAUGAGAAAGCUGUCUGGUUGCCAUAUCUAUCACUGCUGACUAGUAUGACUUAUAUUACUGUGCCUGUCAUGCUGGUUAUGCAGGGCUGAGGGGGAAACCUGUGUGGAGUUCAAGGCCAUGCUGAUUGCUGUUGGGAUCCACCUGCUCCUGCUCACCUUUGAGGUGCUGGUGUGUGACCGUGUGGAGAGGGGCACUCACUUCUGGCUGCUGGUCUUCAUGCCCCUCUUCUUCGUCUCGCCUGUCUCUGUUGCAGCCUGUGUGUGGGGCUUCCGGCAUGAUCGCUCUCUAGAGGUCAGUCUGGCAUUAUAUCAGUCACAAGGAUGUUAUUUUUCUCAAAUAGCCUAUUUAGGCUAGAUAUUGGUGAAUAUAGUAUACCUGUCUACCUCCCUCGUUUUCUCUGUUCUUCCUAUCUCUCCUUGUAUCAGUUGGAGAUCUUGUGCUCAGUCAAUAUUCUUCAGUUUAUCUUCAUUGCCCUGCGACUGGAUAAAAUCAUCAGUUGGCCCUGGCUGGUAAGAGAACAACCUGCCUAAUAUCUAGGUCUGGGGAAUAAAAACUCAUGGGAAUUUAGUACAAUUUACAGCGAGUUGGAAAAUAUGCGUUGAUGUUCUUUUUAUUUAUUUUUGAAUGUUAUUUUGUUCAGGUUGUCUGUGUGCCACUGUGGAGAUUAAUACAAUUUACAGUGAGUUGGAAAAUAUCAUUGAUAUUCUUUUUAUACAUUUUUGGAAUGUUAUUUUGUUCAGGUUGUCUGUGUGCCACUGUGGAUCGUCAUGUCCUUCCUGUGCCUUGUAGUGCUCUACUACAUUGUGUGGUCAGUACUCUUUCUGCGCUCUAUGGACCUCAUCGCAGAGCAACGGCGCACUCACAUCACCAUGGCAAUCAGCUGGAUGACAAUCGUUGUACCCUUGCUCACUUUUGAGGUAUGUGGUCAUGUCAUCCAUCCUUCAGUUACUAUUGUGGCCAGAGAGCUGAAGAAGGUCAGAUGUUAAGAACGUUUUUUAAAAUUUAUUUUUUUAACCCCGUUUGCCUUGUUUUUAUUGUUGUCUCUGUCAUUGGCUCUUCAGAUCCUGUUGGUCCAUAAAUUGGAUGGCCACUACGGCUCCAGCUAUGUGUCAGUAUUCGUGCCUCUCUGGCUAUCCCUGGUGACACUGAUGGCCACGACCUUCGGCCAGAAAGGAGGCAACCACUGUGAGUUACUCCUCGACAGUGAUAGCAGUGCAGCAGAAAUAAUUGUCAUAUUAUAUGUCAUAUUGAGGCAGUGUUCUUUUUAUUUAUCUGAGAAUGCAGUCAGUGUAACUCCUCAAAUAUUGCUCCAAACUAUUUUUUAAAACUGGUAUUUAUCUUUUCUAACAGGGUGGUUUGGCAUCCGAAAAGACUUCUGCCAGUUUCUUCUUGAGCUCUUUCCCUUCCUGCGGGAGUAUGGGAACGUUUCCUACAACCUGCACCACGAGGACGCUGAGGUGUCCGUGGAGAUGCCUGCACACGAUCCGCCAAAAAUAGCCCCCAUGUUCCGCAAAAAGACUGGUGUGGUGAUCACACAGAGCCCAGGGAAGUACUUUGUGCCUCCUCCAAAACUGUGCAUUGACAUGCCUGACUAA